CUUCCAAUAGGCCCAUGCAAUCGGAACCAUGGCAUGGCAUGGCUGUGCUAUGCUGUGCUGGGCUUCCCUCUCCUAGACAACCCAGCUCUUGGACCUUAGCCGGUCAUCCCCCCAUGUCCAUUGGGAGGACCAGUUGAGCAACAAGAUGCGACCCUAACUUUUGUGUCUUCCUAAGUUUUCACCGGAGGAGGGCCAAAUGCUGGUGCAACCCCUCUCUCUGACUUUCUCUCGAAUGGACCAAAUCGUUCAUCACGAACACUUUUUCUAAGUGUGCUCGAUACAUCGCGAUACACCGAGACAGUCACGCUCGCUUCGAAUCUCCAUUCCUUGUGUUAUAUUAAAAUUACUAUUCUCGACAUAUACUCCAACACCAGUUCUACGCGAACUUCGAUCCGACGAUUUCAACGUUUUCUCCCACUAUGCGCGCAGCGCAGCGUGCCGAGCCGAGUACUAUACCAGAGCCGUAUGUCGUGCCCACAUCCGGCAAGUUCGAUGGCAAUGAUGGAAAUUGGAGCACUUUCAAGAUAAAUAUCGGGACACCCGGACAGGACUUCAGGGUACUGGCAUCUACACAGAGUGGGCAGGCAUUCGUGGUCGUUCCAGAUGGAUGCCUGGAACAAGAUGGCGCAGACUGUCCGAACCUGCGUGGUGCAGAGAUAUUCCAGAGCUCUCAGAGCCCAGGCUUCCGGGCCAACAAUUCAAAAAGCUGGUCGCAAAUCGGAAUCUUUGGUGUUGACCUGGAAGAGAGGCUUAACAUCAACAUCACGGGUCAAUUUGGAUAUGACAACAUCGCCCUCGGUGACGCUGCUGCUGGCAGCGAAGCGCUUGCGCUGGAUCGACAAGUUGUCACAGGCAUAGCGGAAAUGGACUAUUUUUUGGGACAUAUCCCACUGGGCAUAACAAAGUCCAGUUUCAACAGCUUGGGCUUAGCGAUCGAUUCAUUCAUAUACCAACUGAGGGAACAGUCCAAAAUACCCAGCAUUUCGUUUGCAUAUACCGCUGGCGCAAGGUAUAGGUUGAAGUCGGUGUUUGGGAGUUUGAUAUUCGGCGGAUACGAUUCGACCCGAUUCGAAGCAAAUGACACUCCUUUCUCAUUCACGUUCUCUACAGAUCCCUCUCGUCUACUCACGGUAGGGGUCGAGUCAAUCACGGCAACCAAUACGCUGGAUGGGACCUCUUCACUCUCCUCGUCAUAUCAUUUCUCCCUCAUCGAUUCCACUGUCUCCCAUCUUUGGCUUCCGGAAGAUAUCUGCGACAACUUCGCAGUUGCCUUUGGGCUCACAUACGACAACCGCACACAGCUUUACACCGUGAAUGAUACAAUACAUGAACAGCUGACCGCCAAAAAUCCAUCAGUAACAAUCAAGCUCGUCAACUCGAUGCAAGAUUCAUCCGUAAACUUUACCAACAUCGUUCUACCUUACGCCGCCUUUGACUUACAGGCAUCAUAUCCCUACUAUGAUAAUGCCACAAACUACUUCCCGAUUCGCCGUGCCACAAGCGAUAAGCAAUACGUGCUCGGUCGUGCGUUCCUACAAGAAGCAUACCUAAUCGUUGACUACGAGCGCGCGAACUUCACAGUCGCCCAAGCCGCUUUUCCGGACCCUCUCCCUGCCGCCGACAUAGUAACCAUCAAACCUCCCUCCAAUUCAACCUCUACCACUUCACCAUCCUCUUCAGGGUCAAGCCUUAGCACAGGUGCUAUUGUCGGGAUCGCGGUUGGCGGUGCCGCCGUCCUCAUAAUUCUCGGCGUCGUAGCAUUCUUCUUCGUACGUCGCAAGAGACGUCGGGCGGCCAACGCGAAGUACGAGCUCGAGAACACCCAACUUCCCGGUUCGACCCCCUACCACGACGCAAAUUCACACAAGAAUCCACUUUCCGAGCCGCAGGAAAUUUCUGGGACGCCGUUGACGGAACUCGCUUCGCCACUCCCACGUUCCGAUCCAAAACCUUUCUACAGCCCGACGGAUGUUCUGCAAGAGAUGGACGCGACUCCCCUUGUGCCGGCCACGCCGAGGUGGGAGGAAGUCACGGCCGGAGACUACCACGAGAUGGACACUCUUUCGCCGCGGGCGGCCAACGAGACUUACAGCAGGGCUCCGAGCGAGGAUGGGAGACAGUCAUCAACGGGCAUCUCGCCAAUGACGCCGUCGCCAAGAAUCGAUUAUCAGUAUCACAGGGGGUAAAACAUAAUGGAUUGAAUAUGUAUGGAUUAUGGGACUCAUUACCCCUGGGCGUUUGGGUUUUCAUUUGUAAUAUCUCUUCUUCUUCUAUGAAGUUUUUUGAUACCAAUCCUUUUAGCGUAGCAUAUAUUUUUGGCAUGUCUAAAUACAACCAGAGCGACAAAGCUCAAGUAAUCAGAAACUGCUCUAACGAGACCAAGUCUAUCGUACUUGUAAGGUUAUGUACUGCAGAAGAACACUUAAAUACGAGCAUGAGC